UAGUGAAUAUGAGGAUGGGAGCCACGAAAGCCCCUCAAGUCAACAGAACGGUUGGUGAAUGCAACCCGUGGUUAAUGAAAAGACUCCCUGUACUCGUUUAAUGGCCUUGUCUGUUUUUCAGUGCAUUGAUGUGGUAUUUUUUACACCCUCCAUCCCAUUUUCUGUGUUCGGUAUUCUAUGUUAGGAUGGCCCAAAUUGUUUGCUCUCUUUGAAAAGUCAAAGAAAAACGUAAAUACUGUCAAGAUAAGAACCAAUACUGGAGAGCAGAAAUAGAAGCAGAAACAUUCCUUCCUCUGGCACUGUGGCACAUCCCAACCCAGCCAUGGCAGAAACAUGCACAGCACCAAACAGGUAUGCAGUCGUUACAGGGGCAAACAAAGGAUUAGGAUUUGAAAUCUGUAGGCAAUUAGCUUCAAAUGGAAUCACUGUGGUAUUAACAGCCAGGGAUGAGAAAAGGGGUACUGAAGCUCUAGAGAAACUCAAAGGGUCUGGACUGUCCGACCUUGUGGUGUUUCAUCAGCUUGAUGUAGCCAAUCCAUCUAGUAGUGCUUCCCUUGCUGAUUUUGUCAAGACCCAGUUCGGGAAGCUUGAUAUCUUGGUGAACAAUGCUGGAAUUGGUGGGGCCAUCAUUGAUUGGGAUGCUGCCGCUGCUGGGUCUAGAGACCAAAUAAAUUGGAAUGAGUUGAUGACUCAGACUUACGAGUUGGCGAAAGAAUGCUUGGAAACAAACUACUAUGGAGCUAAAUGGAUGAUUGAAGCAUUUAUUCCCCUCCUCCAGUUAUCUGAUUCGCCGAGAAUUGUCAAUGUUUCUUCUGGCAUGGGGAAGUUAAAGAAUAUACCAAGUGAACGGGUUAAAGGACUAUUGAAUGACGCUGAAACCCUCACAGAAGAUAACAUAGACGAGUUACUAAAUGAGUUUCUCGAAGAUUUCAAGGAGAACUCAUUAGAAAGCAAAGGUUGGCCCGCCUUUUCCUCUGCUUAUAUAGUAUCCAAAGCAGCUACGAACGCAUAUACAAGAAUUCUGGCCAAGAAUUAUCCAACUUUCCGCAUCAACUGUGUAUGCCCUGGUUUUGUCAAAACAGAUAUGAACAACUACAGUGGUAUUUUUAGUGUAGAAGAAGGUGCUGAACAUCCGGUGAGAUUAGCAAUGCUUCCUGAUGAUGGUCCCACCGGCGUCUUCUUUGUUCAGAAAGAAGUAGCUUCUUUUGUUGGGUGAAUAUUAUUAGUUCCACUCUCUCAGAUGAAGAUGGAACUAAAUCCUGUGUAAUGUACCUAAAAGACAAAUGCCUGUGAUAGUUGUGUAACUGCUGUGCCUGUUAUAAACAACUUGAGCCUUGGGGUGAUUAAAUUAUAUUGUGAAUAGUAUUGUCAGCAUGCAUGCAAGGGUUUGCGCUAUGAAAAUCUUAAUAUUUC